AUGGUGUUCCCUUCAAUUUUUCCAAUUGCUCACUGCGACAAUGCCCACCCGUCUUCGCUUGCUGCUAGCGCUCUCAACUCUGUUCGAACCGCGGUAGCCGUGCCAGAGUCCGAGCUUAGACGAUGGCGGCGAACAUUCGAUGUCAACUCGAAGGAGGUCGGCGGUGACAAGUACUUGGAUCCCGAAAGCUUCCCCAGUUUUCUAUUCUUUUUCCGUGUGGCGGACACUGCAAAACGGGGAUUGGUUUCUUGGGAGGACUUUGUGGUCUUCCAAACCGGUUUGAAGCGCCCGGACGCUGACUACUGGAUGGCAUUCCAGUACUUUGACGUCGACGGCUCCGGUUUCAUCGACUUUGACGAAUUCAAGACCGUCUACAGUGCCAAUAUCCCCCCAGGCUCGAUUCCAUUCGACUUCAAUUGUGACUGGGUUAAACUCUAUCUCGGGAAAAAGAACGGGACACGUGUAUUGGGAUAUAACGAGUUUACACAACUUAUGAAGGGUUUGCAAGGCGAACGUCUUCGACAAGCCUUUAGAUUUUUAGACACCGACCAGGACGGAUUUAUUCGGCCCGAACAGUUUAAGCAGAUCAUUCUAGAAAUUGCUGGACAUAAAUUGUCGGAUGCAGUUAUAGACAGGCUCCCGACCCUUUGCACACUUACUCCAGGACAACGUAUAUCUUAUUCGGAAGUAAUCGCCUUCCAUAAUGUUAUUAGAGGUUUCAUUAUUCGUGAGGCUACUGCGAAGAGCAAAGAUGGGAGGAUCGACCAAUCAGAUUUCCUCAACUAUUCCGCGUCAAGUUCUCGUUACUCUCUGUUUACUCCAAUGGAGGCCUCCAUCAUCUUCCACUUCGCAGGUCGUGGAAGUAGUACUCAACGUCUGGCAUUGAUUGAUUUCGCUCAAUUACUUGACCCAAGGUGGAAGGCCCCUCGCGAAGAAGUGGAAGCUAAAGCUCCUCAUACCGAAUCUUUCCUCAAUUCAGUGCUCCAUUCCUCGUACAAUUUUGUAUUGGGCGGCGUGGCUGGUGCAUUUGGUGCAACGAUUGUAUACCCUAUCGAUAUGGGUAACAUGCAAAAUCAACGAAGCACUGUUGUCGGACAACUUCUUUAUAAAAACAGCAUUGAUUGUGCGCAAAAGAUAUUCCGUAACGAAGGGUUCCUCGGAUUUUACCGUGGUCUUGGACCUCAACUUAUCGUAUCACCAGAGAAGGCCAUCAAGUUAACUGUCAAUGACCUUGUCCGUUCCAAGACUAUGGAUCCCGAGACGGGACGUAUCAAGUUAAUUUGGGAGCUAGUGGCUGGUGGUACUGCCGGAGGAUGCCAAGUGGUUUUCACCAACCCUUUGGAGAUUGUAAAGAUCCGACUCCAAGUUCAAGGUGAGACUGCUAAGCUUGAAGGAGCAGUCCCGAAGGGUGCGGUUCACAUCAUUCGGCAACUUGGUGUCCUCGGUUUAUACAAGGGAGCCAGCGCAUGCUUAAUGCGCGACAUUCCUUUUUCCGCGAUUUACUUUCCUGCGUAUGGUCACUUGAAGUCGGACGUGUUCAAUGAAGGAUAUAAUGGCAAACAGCUGUCGUUUUUGGAGACAUUAAGUGCUGCUGGGAUUGCCGGUAUGCCAGCGGCGUAUUUCACGACACCUGCAGACGUCGUAAAGACUCGUCUUCAAGUUGAGGCCAGAAAAGGACAAACACACUACAAGGGGCUUCAAGAUGCGUUUGUAAAGAUCUAUCGAGAGGAAGGCUUUAAAGCCUUGUUCAAAGGAGGUCCAGCUCGUAUUCUUCGGAGUAGUCCUCAGUUUGGGUUCACGCUAUUGGCUUACGAGGAACUCAAGAAAUCGUAUCCAUGGGCGGAAGCACCCCCGAAGGUUGAGACCGUCCUGACGUCCCGUCGCGACGAACUGUCUAGGAUACGGGCGCGUAAUGCCCUGAAAAUUCUCUUGGAUGUAAAUGGAGACUUUGGUAGACGUGCAUCAGCACUCAAGGUAGAAGGUAGAUAG